GAUACUUGACCUAUGUGAAGAAUCGCUGGAGAGUUUUGUAAAAUCUUCUACUUUGGAGGAUCUUCAAAAAUCUCUUCCCGAAAUUCUCAAGCAAAUUUUAAAAGGAUUAGCUGAUCUUCAUAGCGAACCAAAUCCUAUUCUUCAUCGUGAUUUAAAACCAUCUAAUGUUCUACGAGAUGCACAAGGACAAUAUCUGAUAGCUGACUUUGGUUAGUAGUCGAAUAUUGAAAAACGGCCUUAAGACACAUGUAAGGGAUGCUACUAAGGGAACUCAGUAUUGGAUUGCUCCUGAAUCGUACGUUUUUGGUGAAGAGUCAUUUGAUAAAGCACGAUACAAACCAGCGUCUGAUGUAAUGAUUUCGGGAAUGGUGGCUUAUUAUGUUGCAACAAAAGGGAAACAUCCUUUUGGACGUCCAGAGUUUAGACUGAAAAACUUGCUAGAUGGAAACCCUGUAGGAUUGAUGAAAAUCGAUGAUGUUGUACUUAAUGAUCUUCUUUCAUGGAUGCUACAACUUUCACCAGAAGAGAGGCCAUCUCCCAAAAAGGCGUUAAAACACCCUUAUCUACUAUCCGAUGAAGAGAAGUUUAGUAUGCUGUGUGAUAUGGGGAACCAACCGGAAAUGAAACAAUCAAAAGUUCUAAGUUCUCCAUAUUCAGAUGUUGUUGCGCAAUUGUAUGCUCCCAUGGAAUGGAUGACGCGUAUCGAUGAUGAAGUCUUGAAAGAUUUCAAAACCUUUAAAAAGAAUGGCAAAAAGAAAACUCCGACUACAUGGGCAAAGUGUUUAAGAUUCAUAAGAAGAGUGAAUGAUCAUUGGAACGAUAAACCUCGUACACAUCUGUUGCGUUAUGUCGAGGAAGGCAACUAUGUAAUUUAUUUCUUGCAACGUUUUCCUGAACUGCAUCUUCUGGUGCACAAAAUCAUAAGGUCGACUGACUGGAAAACAAGAGCCGAUCUUCAGAAAUAUUUUACAGCUUAAUCAUACCAACAAUUUUUUAUGUUAAACGAUGUAGCCAAAUUAAGAUUCUAUGACACUAUACAAUGUCUCAAUUUAGUUGUUAUUUUCACUAAAAAGUACCAAAGAAGCAGUGAACGAAAUGAAAAUUUUGAAUGAAAUCAAAGCCAA